AGGUAUGUUUGCUUGCCUAUUGGCUUCCGAAGGUUUAAAAGUGUUUAUACUGAGAUCUGCUUGAUGUUUCUGUAGACGAAUUGCUAUAUCUGUAAGAAAGGUGGCCACCGUGCCAAAGAUUGUCCAGAGAAGCACAUGUCGGCACGUGUUCCUAAAAGCUUAACGGUGUGCUUGAAGUGUGGGAAUUCUGGGCAUGAUAUGUUUUCAUGCAGGAAUGAUUAUUCACCGGAUGAUCUCAAGGAGAUUCAAUGUUAUCUCUGCAAGACAUUUGGCCAUUUGUGCUGUGUCAAUACUGCUGAUGCAAUACUGGGAGAAAUUUCUUGUUACAAAUGUGGUCAGAUGGGUCAUACUGGUUUGGUAAGUUAUAUUUAAUAAAUUAUAUUGUUAUUUACGCGCCUUUCCUAAUGUUUUUACAAGGGAGAUUUUAUCUGUCCUUUUGAUCAGUGCCAGCUUCCACACAAUUACAUAUUCAUAAUUUGAGAAUAAUUUAAUAAAAACUAAAAAAUAUACUGAAAAUCUCUUUCAAUCACUACCCUUAAAUUUCUUGGUGGCAUUUAUGGUAUAACAUUAGGAGUGCAUAUUGAGAACUAUAAGCUGAAGUGCUGAACCCUUGAGAACUUGAAGUUAAAUGGGUCAUUUUAUGCAUAACUAAUUAUAUGAUAUUAAUAGUUCACAAUUAGAUAUUCCCUAAAAUGAAUGGAUGCUGCAUCAUAACUAGCAAGUAGCAAAUGCAUGUACAUCUUGUAAGGAAGGACAUGGUAAACAUGGGAAUGAGAACUGAAUUGGGACCCGUGAAGAUGGUGAAUGGACAAAUUAUCCGGAUAUGAAGCAAUUAGUUGAUACAUCAAUAAAAGUGUUCCGAUCUCAAAGACAAGCUCGAGUACCACGUACUAAAUCCAGCAACAUUACGUGGAUAAAAGUGCAGUGUCCUCUACAGCGCAACGGUAUCGAUUGCGGAUACUUUGUAAUGAGGUUUAUGAGGGAAAUCAUUAAUAUGAAUCAAAUAGAGAUUCCAAUCACGUACUUUGAUGAAUACAAGUGUGCUCAUUACACGAGACUGCAGUUGGAACAAAUCAAGGAGGAAUUGUGUCAAUAUUUUAUUGAGAAAAGAUUAAUUAGUAUAUAAUGGUUUCAAAAUAACAUGAAUACUUUGAUGAAGAAUGGUUUCUGGUUGGCAAGUGUAUAGUUCUUUAUAUUUUUAACAGAUUAGUUAUGACUCCAAAUAGGCCGUAUAACAUAUUAGUUUUGACUUGUGUAUAGUUCUUUAUAAUUUUAGUGAUAUCUUUAA